AUGCUACCGAUAUAUGAAUUAUUUUAUUCUCCAGAUCAACAGUCAGAAGUAUCUGCGAAAAAAACAUUUUCUAUUUGGCGUACAUUUAAACAUCAUAUUCCUCAUUUUCUUAUAGCAAUUGUUGUCGAUAUUAUUCUUCCGCUCGUUAUAUAUUUUAUUCUACAAAAACACACGAAACCUGUUUAUGCACUAUUAGCUGCAGGUACCCCACCUCUUGUUAUGGUCAUUACUAAAGCCAUAUUGUUUUGCACAUUUGAUGCACUUGGCUUUCUAGUUUUUACUACUUUUGCUAUUACAGGUAUUGUAGUCGUUAUAACACGUAAUCCAAUUGUACUACUCUUAGAAAAAUCUGUUAUUACUGGUAUUAUUUCAAUUAUAUUCGCUAUCACAUUGAUUCCAUUUCAUUGUUGCCAUCAUCGUUGUAGCUUACGUCCAGUUGGUUAUUAUAUGUAUCAAGAUUUAGUUCCAACAAAUCGAGAAGAUGUUGGAUUACCUGAACAUAUAUUUUGUGAUCAACAAGAACAAGUUGAUAGUCGAUACACAGAUCUUCAAGAGGAAGUUUCGUCAAGGAAAGUUUUCCAUAAAGAAGAAGUAGUUCAAGUAUAUGACUGGAUAUAUAAAAACUGUUCAUCAUUUCGUCUUUCAUGUAUUAUAAUCACAAGUAUUUGGGCUAUUGGAUUACUGUUCGAAUUUCUUGCUCGAUUAUUUCUAAUUAUAUUUCAUUUACCUGUUAAUAAGAUUGUUAUUUAUGGACAUGUUAUACUUAGUUCAAUAACAGUUAUAUGUAUUGUAUCGACUAUUACUUGUAUAGCAAUCGAACGGAAGCAUACAUUACUUUUUAUUGAAAGUUGGAAUAUCAAACAGAAAAAGAACAGAUCAUUCGACAUAGGUACUUCCUAUGUUAGUGUCGAAUGCAAUUCAAGUUCUGUUCUAAGCAUUAAUACAUAG